UAAUUUUCAGAAUCAAAGCGGCAGCCUUUUCUCUCUGCUCUACAGUUUCGUCGAACUCUCUUCGCCUCUCUCUCCGGCUGUGUUUUGCGGGUGAAGCAAUGGAAGACAACCUGAUAGCAAGCGCGCACUCUUCUGCGUUCAGAGAGUCAGAGGAUUUGGAGGGCCAAUCCAGCGAAAUCGAAGGGUACGAUUUCAAUCAGGGCAUAGAUUACCCUCGCCUCCUCAGCUCCAUGCUUUCCACUGGCUUCCAAGCCUCCAAUCUCGGAGACGCCAUUCAAGUCGUCAACCAAAUGCUAGAUUGGAGCCUAGCAGACGAGGGUGUAGUUGAAGAUUGCGGUGAGGACGAGAGGGAUUUGAAGUACAGAAAGUCGGUGAAAUGCAAGGUGUUUCUGGGUUUUACUUCGAAUUUGGUUUCGUCUGGGAUUAGAGACACGAUUCGGUACUUGGUGGAGCACCGUAUGGUGGAUGUGGUGGUCACAACUGCUGGUGGCAUAGAGGAAGAUCUUAUAAAAUGCCUUGCGCCCACUUAUAGAGGCGAUUUCUCGUUGGCUGGAGCUCAUUUGCGGUCGAAAGGCUUGAAUCGAAUCGGUAAUUUGCUUGUUCCUAAUGGUAACUACUGCAAGUUUGAGGAUUGGAUCAUACCGAUUUUCGACCAGAUGUUGAAGGAACAAACUGACCAGCACAUAUUGUGGACACCGUCUAAAUUGAUUGCACGCUUGGGGAAGGAAAUAAAUGAUCGACGUUCAUAUCUUUAUUGGGCAUACAAGAACGAUAUCCCAGUUUUCUGUCCAGGCUUAACAGAUGGCUCACUGGGAGACAUGUUGUACUUUCAUUCUUUCCGUAGUCCAGGUCUGAUCGUUGAUGUAGUGCAAGAUAUUAGGGCCAUGAAUGGCGAAGCUGUCCAUGCAAAUCCAAGGAAGACUGGAAUGAUCAUUCUCGGAGGGGGCCUGCCCAAACAUCACAUUUGCAAUGCCAACAUGAUGCGUAAUGGUGCGGAUUAUGCUGUCUUCAUCAAUACUGCACAAGAGUUUGAUGGGAGUGAUUCUGGAGCUCGUCCGGAUGAGGCCGUAUCAUGGGGGAAAAUACGGGGUUCUGCUAAAACUGUUAAGGUACAUUGCGAUGCAACAAUUGCUUUCCCUCUGCUGGUUGCUGAAACAUUUGCCAAGAAAGCUGUCGAGACAAUGACUUAAUAUAGUUUCAUUGUGAAGAUUGAUUUAUGAUAAAGAGUUUCAAGUAGUCGUGAUGAAGCUGAUAACUGCUGGGUGGGGCUCAGCAAACAUGAUAAUUACCACAUCGUAUUUAAGGGUUUGCAAGAUCCUAUGUAGGAUUAGGAAUACAGAAAUUCACAUUUUUCCCCUUGUGUUAGAUUUUUUUACUUUUUUGUUUUGGUCUAUCGUAGGGGUUAACAUGACAUACUAGGGGAAUUUACUUGGUAUUUCUGAUCAUUUUAUUCAAAUUCAAGUUUGAACUCCUA